GCUGCAGCUUCUUUUUCCUCCCUGUUCUGAGGCCUCGUAUUCCUCCACACGCACACACACGUAAGUAUGACGGCUGAGCAGAACAUCUUGCUAGACCCGAGCAUCCGGGACUGGGUGCUCCUGCCCCUCAUCGCCAUCGUCCUCUUCGUUGGGGUGCUGCGCCACUACGCCAGUCUCCUCAUGAACUCCGCGCCGAAGCCAAACAUGAGUAAGAUCUGCAACACGAACAUCCAGAACUACGGUCGCCAGCUGCUGUCUGCCGGCUCGCAGCUAUCCCCCGAUGCUUUCAAGCGCCGUGCGGAGCGGAUGAUCAACGGCGUGCUCAACAAGGAGAUGGAGGCGCCGAACCCGAUGGAGAUGAUGAACGACCCGAAUUUGAUGAUGGGCAUGAUGAAAAACCAGUUCAUGAUGAUGGUGCCGAACAUCGGCAUGAUGAUGCUCGUCUCGUACUUCUUCUCUGGCUUCGUCGUGGCCAAGUUCCCCUUCUCCUUAUCGAACCGUUUCCGUGAAAUGAUGCAGCGCGGCCUCGACAUCGACGUGCUCAACUGCAACUACGUGACCUCGCUGAGCUUGUACUUUCUGAUCAUGUCGGGCAACCAGGGACUCCUGCAGCUGCUCCUCGGCCAGGACGUGGAGUCGGGCGACCAGACGGCCCUCAUGCAGCAGCAGAUGCAGCAGGCGCCCGGACAGCCUGUGGACUACGGCAAAGUCUUUAAGCAGCUCACGGAGGAGCUGAACUUUGUGAAGGACCGCCACAAGUGGGCGUACGCAAAUGCCCCGGAUACGCUCUUGAAGACGUGGCGCGCGCAGAAGCGCGUGAAGGGCGCCGCCGCAGCGAGGCGCAGUUGA